CUAAAGGAAAUUCUCGGCUCAUGGCUAUUGUAGCUUUAAACGUUUUCUUACUCUCUUUGCACACUAGUUCUCUACCCAGAUGAGGAGCUCUAAAAGAGAAAACAAAUAAGUGUUAGCAAGCUUUUCAAAAAGUUAUCAUCUGCCAAUCGAGCCCUGGUGGACGAAUGAGUAGAGAGAGCAUUGUGCGGAAGACAAGAUGGCAGUUUCUCCGGGAGCGCCUGUCAAGGGAUGAAAAUAGAUGCGCCUGGAAGGAGAUGCUUCACACCGUUUCUCUUCAUCACAUCGCUCGCCGUGCCGUCUGAUACUCGCAUCUUGGUCCACCACGGCAGCAGCAGCAGUCACAUGGGCACUGUCAACCAGAACUGUCCUGAAACAUGCCUUUCCAAUUCGAGAUGGACUUCAUGCAGUUUGUCAUCAACCUACACAGCCUCUCGCAGAUGACCGUAAGUGGAAGGUGGAGCUUGCUUGGACAUCGGAUGGCAGGACUGUAGUAUGCUACCGCCCUUCUGUGGACAUUCCAUACGAACAUACAAAACCUAUUCCUCGGCCCGAUCCUAUACAUAACAGUGAAGAAACACAUGAUCAUGCGCUCAAAACUAGAUUCGAAGUGAAAGGUCAGCCCCUUGAACAAGGUCCUAGGAUAGAACAACUUAGCAAAAGGUUCUUUACUACGAAGCACCGUUGGUAUCCUCGUGGGCCGUAUCACAGACGUCGUAAGAAACGGAAUCCUCCAAGACAGAUGAUUUCGAGGUGCUCAUUAAGAAUUAGAAAUGUUAACUUUUGCCUCAUUUGCCAUUUGAGAAAAAUAUGAUGUAGUCCUUACUAUGUUAAAAUAAAGUAAUAAAAAAGAAAGCAUUGUGCUAACCACAAAGAUGGUGGUCCAUGGGAGAAAAAUUAGGCCUUCUACACCCAUAAAGGUUUACAGCCUUAAACUCUCUGAAGCAGUUUUCAUCUCUUAUACAGUCAUUCUGAGUCAGAAAGAACGGCAAAAGGUUUGGUUUUCUGAUUUUUUAAAAUAUUUUAAAGAACAAUCAUUUUGUAUUGUCAUUUAUUAAUAUUCCAGUAUACUCUGUCAAUAGUAAUAAAAUUGUGCUAGGCAAGAAUGAAAC